GUUAAAGUUUCUUUUGUUUCUUCUUUAAUUGAUUGAUCUUGUGGCUAUAAAGUUGUAUGCUUGUAGCACUCGAAUAUGGUGCCAAAUAUACUCUUAAAAUAGUUUUUUUUUCUUUUGGACGUUUCCAAAGCUUCUUACUAUUAAAAUUAUACGAGUUUAAUUGUAAAAAAAAAGACGAAGAAUAUAAAUAACUGUUGUGUUGGUAUUUUGCAUAAUGUUUAUAUUAUCCUGCUUUGAUAUACUAACAAAGAGAGAUGUUAAAAAAAUCAUCCCACGUCGACAUUGUAAGAAAGUUACAAUGCGCAUUCAUAAUUAUUUAUCUUUUAGUCUAAUAUAUACUCUAUCAAUUUUAUAUAUAUAUGUGUGUGUGUGGAGAUAGAGAACAAACUGAAAUAAAAAAAAUUGUCAGUUAAUAAAUUUAUUCCUGAAUUAAUUUAUGUUUUAUUUUAUAUUAGAGAUAUGUUUUUGGGUAAUAAGAAAGAUAAAAUAGAAAAAUCCUUUUGAAAUUUGCAAACUGUACCUCGAAGGCAACGAAGGAAGUUUGUGAAGAUUGAAUGUUGAGAGGUAUUCAGAAAAAAAAAAAAAAAAAAAAAAGAAUGGUCUUUGAGAAGGAAUGUGGUUUAGCGGAAGCAAGCAUUGAGCUCACUUCAAAGAGAGACCGCCAUGCGUACUUAGCCGGCAAAUAUUCAUCCCGAAAGACGCUGAUAACUAAAGGCUCCAGUUGGCUUUCCGGAUAUGAUCAUGUCCGCGGCGCUUGGAUGCGCAGCAGCUGCCGCAGUAUAGUUCAUAUUAGCCCUGUUCUUUUUGUAAACGCUGCGGCAGUGUUCAGCGUCUAAAAAACACACUCUAUUUUUGUUGCUUAGAGAAAAGAAGUGUAAGUUUCUGUGUAUGGCCUAGAAAAGAUGUAGAAGCCAUUUUCUCUUCUCAUGGGUAAAAAAAUUGACAAUAGAUUUCUGUUGUAUUUAGUUCUUAAAUCUUUCUUCGUGUUAGUUUCCCAACACGAAAGCAACAAUUUGUUACUUCAGAAAGAAGUAACUUCAAUUUUACAGAAAGUCAUAAAACUUCUUUGCUUAAACAAGCAAGUACGGUUUCUCUAUUUGAUGUGACAAAGUUCGGAGACUAGUGUAUGUUUUAGUUUGAUUAGGAAUUAAGAUCAAGAAAAUAUUAUUCUUUUCCAAAGUUUUGGAAACUUGGAAAAUACCCAUGGCAACAUAUUCUUUGUUCGAGUGCCUCCUCGGUUAAAGUAUAAUAACCUCUUUACCUAUGAUACAAGACUCUAAUAUUAGAAUAAUACUUUCCUCUUCCAUUUACAAUACUAUAUUCUUUAUGUAUAAAAGUAACUUUCAAAGAAUGAAUUUUAUAAUAUUUGACAUUCAAAACCACAAAGAAUCAAACAAACAAAUCGGUUCAAGAACAAGUUCACCAUGAAGACAAAGUAUGGAGCAGUAGUUGCACCCGUUUUCGCCCUUGCUGGUGUCUAUGUUGCUUGGGAGUACAUAUACCAUCGUUUAUGGAGAAAGAAUAACGAAAACACUGACAUUCCAGAUAGCAAAAAUAGUAUACGUAAAAGCCUUGUUGAAAAAAGAAGAGACGAUAAUGUUAAAAACACUAGUAAGGAGGCUUCUUCGAGAAGAAGUGGAAGGGCUCAGAAUACCCUCUCAAGAUCUGUUUCAAUGGGGGCUAUUCGAGGAGGAAAGUUGGCAUUGAAGAGAUUGCUUGAUUUGCACUCAUAUAGUGCUGAUACUUCUUCCCUUGCAAAUGCUGAAAUCGAAUUUGAAUCCUUGCUUUCCAAGGAAAAUCCGGAUUUUGAGUUGCUUCAGAGAGACAUUGUGAAGAUGGAAACGAGUGGAAAAGAAGCAAAAGGAGUGGAGAUAUUAAAGAAAGCAUUAGAGAAAGCAAGAAAAGAAGAGAGAGGUCAUGAGGCUUAUGAGAUUGAAAUGUUGCUUGUGGAGAUGUUGAUCUACUUGGGAAACAUUGAAGAGGCUUUAAAAUGUAAGUGUUUAGAGGAUGAAGUCAUAACAGAUGCAAGACGUCCUUUUUACCAGGCUAUAAUCCAGUAUCUUAGUGGACAUCCUGAGAAGCAAGUGGAGGAGACAUUCAACAGGUUCAGGGAGAUUCAGAUCGGUCUACAAUGGCCUGGAAGCAGCUCAGAAGAGUGUGAGACUCGUGAAGUCACAUUAGAUGAGUUCAAGAAAGUGCUGGAGUCUCUCAAGCAAAAAAUCCAAGACAGCACGAACAUAAAAAUUGUAAACUCAACUCCACUUGACAAACAACAUUGACAUAACCAAGAUAAAAUGAUGGAAGAUAUAUAUAUUUCAAUAAUUUCAAGAAAUGAUAAAAAAAAAAGAUUUGGUACAUUAAUUAAUUAAUAAUGACAUAUCUCUGAAUAGUCUCUACAUAUAUCAUAUUCACAUUUAUUUUCUCAACAUUAAAUA